CUAGGGACAUGAUGAUCCCUUUAAAACACAUGUCCCUGUUGCUGCUCCUCCUCCAGGCCCUCUCUUUCUCCCUACUGUCUACCUAUGAGGCCCCUGAAGACAAGGAGGACAUUUUUGCCAGUAGGGCGUGUCCUGCCUUCCUUGUGUUUGACAAUGCUGCCUAUUUGGUUGACAUGACCAUAGAGCUGCCUUGUCACUGUAAGCCUGAGGAGGCCCACUCUGUGGUGUGGUACUACCAGAAAAAGCUGGGCAGCCCGGACACCAGGGCCCUCACUGACUUCCAGGGCACCUCUGUGGUGGACUCAUCCAAAGUGGGCCGGGGAGGGGACCUCCGGAGUAGGUUCUCCAUCCGCCUCUUCAGCCUGCUCAUCUUUAGGGCCCAGGAGGAAGACUCGGGCCACUACCUCUGUGGGACGACCAAGGGGGACUUCUUCUAUGGUUAUGACGUGGACGUCCAAGAGGCUCACAGGGUGUCCUUUCCCUGGAGUCGUGCCCAGAGACGGGGAGAGGCAGCAGCAGCAGUGGCGGCGAGGGCAGCUUCGAGAUCCAACCAGGAUCUUCCACUCUACCAGGUGUUCACCAGCUUCUGGCCGUGGUCCGUGUGCGACCGCUGUGGCGUGCGGGGUGAGCAGACCCGUGUAGGACUCUGCUACGUGAAGAGCGACUACCUCCACGUGCGCUACAGGUGGACAUCUCAGACGGUGGCCUCUUGCGGCUCCUCCGCUGUACCCCAACAGUUUGGCCUCACCCAGACCAACCACCAGGGGGCAGAGCUGGGGGUGCGUAGCUGCCAGGUCCCCUGCCCCCCCAAGUCCAUCGCUCAGCCAGAACACCAGGCCCUGCUGGAGUUCCUGGGCUACAACAAGCCAGCAGCUCAUGGGGUCCCUGUCUACUACCACAACCACCCAGUGGACACCCCACUCAUCCUCUCCUGCCCUGGAGCCAAACCUCAGCACGCGGUAGCCUGGGACCAAGGCUCUAGGCCUCUGUAUCGCUCCCAGUACAUGGAGGGUCUGAACGUGACCUUCCGUCUGUUCAUAGACACAGGCCACCACCUGCACUUCAGCCCAGCAACACAGGACGACAGAGGGUCCUACUACUGCUGGAUCCAGGGGAAGAGGGCUGCUGAGAUCAGGCUGGGGGUUUACUACCGUCUGGGUCGCAAGCGUCUGCUCUCUGACCCUGAGUCGCUCUAUGCCCUGAGGAUUAUUCUCCUCUGCUACGGGGGGAUGACUGGCGUAUUUGUUUUGAUAGUGCUGUUGAAGUAUACUUGGCGCACAGUAAGACCAAAAGUAGCCAAAUACUAGAAAUCUGCUUGCCACUUGAUGAGAUUUCUUUUUGAGAUAUUUUGAACAAAUCAUUUUGUGAAAUGUAUGAUUGUCUUUACGUCCAAUUUGUCUAAAUCUUAGCUAAAGAAAUAAAGUGUGUU